CCUAUAUCAAGCCCACUUGUUGAUACCUUUAACCGCAAACAUAAUUAUCUUCGCAUAUCUCUGACAGAGAAAUGCAAUCUAAGAUGCACGUAUUGUAUGCCAGCUGAAGGAGUACCAUUGACUCCUAAGGAAAACCUCUUGACAACAGACGAGAUUCUCAAACUAGCACGCUUAUUUGUUAGUCAGGGCACAACAAAGAUUCGCCUCACUGGGGGUGAACCUACCGUGAGACCGGAUUUACUCGAGAUCAUCCAAGGCCUCGGAGAACUCAAAAGCCAGGGACUUGAAAGUAUCGGAAUGACUUCCAAUGGAAUCGCUCUCAAACGCAAACUACCUGCUCUUAAAAAAGCUGGACUCGACACUCUCAAUAUCAGUCUUGACACUCUCGACCGAGAUAUGUUUGGGAUCAUGACCCGAAGACAAGGCAAUGGCUUCGACAAGGUGUUGGGAGCUAUCGAUGAGGCAGUUCGGAUCAAUGUAGAGAGAGUGAAGAUAAACUGUGUCGUUAUACGCGGGACAAACGAUGAUCAGGUUCUCCAUUUUGCUGGCUACACGAAAGACCAUCCUGUUAACGUAAGAUUUAUAGAGUACAUGCCUUUUGAUGGAAAUCGGUGGAAGAGUGAAAAAAUGGUUCCGUAUCGGGAACUAUUAACAAGGAUUGAGUCGAUCUAUGGCAAGCUCACCAAGCUCACGGAUGACAAGAACGAUACGACAAAGGCAUACCAAGUCCCAGGAUACCAAGGCAAACUAGGUUUCAUUAGUUCGAUGACAGACCACUUUUGCGACACUUGCAAUAGACUUCGAAUCACAGCAGACGGGUCCAUCAAAGUGUGUCUAUUUGGUAAUAGUGAAGUGUCCCUACGAGACCUUUUACGUCAGGAUCAAUCUGACGAGAAAAUCGUACAAGUAAUCGGUAAUGCUGUCAGGCGGAAAAAGAGAAAACAUGCAGGUAUGUUUGAGCUCGCUAAACAAAAGAACAGGCCGAUGAUCUUGAUCGGAGGCUGA